AUGUCGAAAGAUUUACCCAUUGACGUGCCACCUGAAGCCCCUAAAGAAGACGGCAGGCCGAAGUGGGACAACAAGUUCCAGUACAUUUUGAGCUGCAUCGGGUUUGCUGUUGGCUUGGGGAACGUGUGGCGGUUUCCAUACUUGUGUCAGAUACAUGGAGGCGGGGCAUUCCUGAUCCCAUACUUCAUCGCGCUUAUCUUUGAAGGAAUCCCACUGCUGCAUCUCGAACUCGCCCUAGGACAGUGCCUGAGGAAAGGCAGCAUCAGUGCCUGGAGUGCCAUCUCACCUUAUCUUGGAGGAGUUGGGGUUGGUUCAUGGAUGGUUUCGGUUCUGGUGAGCUUGUACUACAACACCGUUUUAACCUGGGUGAUGUGGUAUUUCAUAAACUCCUUCCAGGACCCCCUGUCUUGGAGUGUCUGUCCUCUAAAUGAAAACAGAACAGGGCUCAAUGAAGAAUGUUACGAAAGUACCGCAGUCAAUUAUUUUUGGUACAGGAAAACUCUGAACAUAACACCCGACAUCGCUGAGAGCGGCACGUUACAGUGGUGGCUUGUUUUGUGCUUAGCAGCUUGCUGGGCAAUUGUGUACCUCUGCACCAUCCGAGGAAUUGAAACCACAGGAAAGGCUAUUUAUGUAACAGCAAUAUUUCCUUACCUUGUCCUAACUAUAUUCCUUAUUCAUGGACUCACUCUACCAGGAGCCACUGAAGGGCUAGCUUACCUCUUCACCCCUGAUCUGAAUGUUCUAAAAAAUCCCCGUGUAUGGCUUGAUGCAGCCACCCAGAUCUUCUUCUCUCUCUCUUUGGCUUUUGGAGGGCUUAUUGCGUUCUCAAGCUACAAUCCGCCAAAAAAUGACUGUGAAAAGGAUGCUGUAACAGUAGCAAUUGUGAACAGCUUGACAUCCCUCUAUGCUUCCAUCCCAGUCUUUUCUGUUUUGGGGUUUAAAGCAACCACGGGCUAUUGGGACUGCUUGGACAGGAAUAUUAUCAGUAUCAUCAAUGAAUUUGAUCUUCCAGAACAAAGCAUCAUGCGACAGAACUAUACAGACUGGAUUACUUUCCUGAAUUCAUCAUAUCCAGAAAAAAUUGCUGGACUCAAACUGAAAAGCUGUGACCUUCAAGAAUUUCUGGAUCAGAGUGUAUCAGGAUCUGGCCUGGCUUUCAUUGUGUUCACUCAAGCCAUCAUCCUAAUGCCAGGCUCACAGGCCUGGGCCAUCCUGUUUUUCAUAAUGUUGUUCAGCUUGGGCCUUUCUUCCAUGUUUGGAAACAUCGAGGGAGUCUUCACACCUCUUCUAGAGCUUCAGAUUAUAUCUAAAUCAAUACCUAAAGAGCUUUUAUCUGGUAUAAUAUGCCUAGUUUCCUUCCUUAUUGCUCUCUGUUUUACGCUGAGUUCAGGGAGUUACUGGAUCGACAUUUUUGACCGCUAUGCAGGCUCACUACCUCUUCUAGUCAUCGCUUUCUUUGAAGUGAUUGGGGUUGUGUAUGUCUAUAAAAUUAAAAGGUUCAGUGAAGAUGUGAAAUGGAUGACUGGACGAAAACUAAACCUCUACUGGCAGAUCACAUGGAGGUUUAUUAGCCCUCUGCUCCUGGUAAUUGUCUUUGUGGCCUUUGUUACUCUCCAAAUACAGAAGCCACCAACCUACACAGCUUGAAACCCUAAACAUGAAGAUUUCCCUGUGAAGGAGGAGAAAGCCUAUCCACCUUGGGUACAGGCCAUCUGUGUGCUGUUAGCUGUCCUUCCUUGCAUAUUCGUACCUCUGGUAGCACUCUUCCAGCUGGUCAAACAAAUGUGGAGAAGCAAGGACCCAAGCUUUCUACCACCAGAAGUGUUUUCAUGUCAGGAGGUUAACAGAAACUUUUCUCAUCAAAAAAAUAAAAAAAACAUUGCACCUGUCUGUAAGUAA